GACGUGCUUCAGUGACACCCUUAUGCUCCCCAUAUCUAGGCCAACUGAAACAGCCUUCACAAGCACCUCGCUUCCCCAACCGCAGGAACAGCUUCCCUUCCCUCCAAUCGCUCUGGUUGCACAUCACAGAAAUGCAUUUUUCCCCAUUCUCCAUCCAGCAAUUGCCGCCCUUGCCGUUCGAUAACCCUAAAGCGGAGCAGUGAUGGAAGUGCAAGUUAGCGGUAUGACGAGAUUUUAGCACGACGUCGAUCAAAGGGUUUUUCUUGUCCCUGAGCUCGCGAUACCAGGUCAUCGUUCUUUCACCGUUUUCGAGAAAGUUGAAAAUCUGCCAUUCCUAAUCACCUCGCUCGGCGAAUCCUUCAAAUCCCUAUCAUGCAGGCAACGCGCGACCGCCGUCCCGCGCACGGCGUCGUGCUGCCGCACCAACAGCACCAGCAGCAGCAGCAGCAAAAACAGCAGGCGAAUAAAGCGUCGCAGCUCAUACAGAAACUUCACCAGCCCAACGCGCUCGAAGCGCGCCAGCAGCAGAAGAUCCUUAAUCUCCAGAACAAGCUAGCCGCCGCGCCCACCGCUCCCGGCGCCGCCGGCCCCGCUAGCCCCGCUGGUAACCACCCGCUCUUCCCGCCGAAUGUUACGCCGCCGCGGCGCCCCACCACGCCGACAAUGGGCAGCGCGAUAGGCGGCGCAAUGGGCGCCGCGGUUGACGGCGCCAUGGGCGGAGUGUCGCACCUCUCCAAUUGGCUGAACGAGCUCCCCGCGAAAGCCGCGCGCCAGGUCGGGGGGGAGCAGCGGGGGAGGCCGGCGGCGGGGAAUGGCGGAAUGGAGAGAGGUGGCGGGGCUGCGCGGAGCAGGUCAAAAUCCCCGCUGCUGGUUCGCGCCAUUUCCCGCGACGGCGGCGGCGGCAGCGGCGUCGAGCGGAGCCGCUCCAAGUCCCCCAUUUUCUUCCGCGCGGCCUCUACUGCCGACGUUCCUGGCGGAGAUUUCGCGGGCGGAGAUUUUGCGCGCGCGGGGACGGGGAACAAGUCCCCCGUGCUCUUGCGCCCAGGGCAGGACGGCGGAGUGCGCGGGGGGCCGCAGCCGUCGCUGCAGCGGAUGCGGACGCCCGAGGCAGAACGGCCUGGCGGAUCUGGAAAUUCGGCUCGGCAUGUCCGGGUGAGCGGCUCGGGAUCCGGAGGUUCGGGGUCUGGAGGUUCGGGGUCUGGAGGUUCGGCAGCGCGUGUGCCCGCGAAACCCGCGCGCAGUGGCUCAUUGGCGGAGGAUGGGGAGGAGCGGCGGGUGGCGCGCGAUGGAAGUGCGCGAAGCUCUGGGGGCGGCAGCAGCAGGGAGGGCGGCAGCGCACGGCAAGCGGCGGGCGGUGGCGGGUCGCAGGGGGGCAGCGGCCGGCAAGAAGGCGGAAGUGGCCGGCAGAUGAACCGCGGCCGGCAGGAAGCGGGAUAUGGCCGGCAGGAAGUGGGAUCUGGCCGGCAGGAGCAGCAUAGUAUGGAGAGGGGACAGCCGUCGGGGCGGGAGAGGCGGGAGAAUGGGCGGGAAAGUGGCAGUGCCGGCAGCAGCGGUGGGAGCUGGGACUUUGUACAGGAAGUAGGGGAACACUAUAGCGAGGAUGGCUGGAGAAGGAGAGGGGAAGGUGUGGGGAGCAGGGAGAGGGAUGACACGAUUAAGGAUGAGAGGGAGGGGAGUGUGGUUAGGCAGGGGAAUGGGAGGAAUGGGAGGAGCAGUAUGAGGAGUAGUAAGAGUGGGAGUGGGAGGAGUGACGAUAUGCGGAGGGGCAGUGGGAGGAGUGAUGAUUCGGGAAGUGAUUAUAGCGGGAGCGGGGGUGGGAGUGUGAGGUAUUUUCCUGAGAGAGGGGGGAGUAAGAGGAGGCCUACUUGGAUGGAGGAGGAUGGGGACGAUUUCUUUGAUGAGGAGGGAGAGGAGGAGGAGGAGAGGGAUGAGGGAGUGGAGGGAGAGGAGGGAAGGGCGAAAAGAGAGGAAGAGGGAAAGGGGAGGGAGAGGGGAGAAGGGGAGUUGCAGGGCCAACAGAUGCGGCAGAGGCAGAUACAGUUCGACUUACCGUCUCAGGACAGAGAAGGGGGGCGAGGGGGGGAUGUGGCGGGAGCGAAGAGGGAGAGGCGACGAGGAGGAGGGGAAGGAAGGGGGAGUGGGAGGAGGGGGUCUAGCCGGUCGUCUGGGAGCACGGGGAGCAUGGAUUCGGUACCUGAGGGAGAGUGUGAGGACGAGGAGGGUUACCAGGCUGGUGGUUACCAGCAGGGUGGUUACCAGCAGGGUGGUUACCAGGAGGAGAGGCGGUAUUCGGAUGUGUCACUGCCGGGCGUGAAAGGGGACGUGGGCUCGCCUGCUCCCAUGCCGCCCUCGCAGAAUCUCUACUCUGCCCCUUCUGCUGUUGUUGGUGCUGGUGCUGCUGGUGCUGGUGCUACUGACAGUGCUGCUGCUGCUGCUGCGGGUGCUGGUGCUGAUGCGGGUGCUGGUGAUUUGGAGCGCAGUGAGACGUUGGCAGAGCGGCAGAGACGGCUGUAUCUCACCUCCCCCUCCUUCGCCACCAUUCUUAACCAAGUGGACGACGACAGUGAUGGGGAGGAGGAGGAGGGGCCAGGGGGGAAGGCAGUCCCAAGAGCAACAGCACCUGCAGCUGCAGCUGCAGCAGCUGCUGUUGCUGCAGUUAAUGCUGAUUGUGCCACUGAUUUUGCUGCUAUUUCUGCUGCUUAUCCUGGUGCUGGUGAUGCUGCCAUCAGGGUGACUUCUUUCGGGGUGGGGGACGAAGGGAGGGGAAGGGGGGGGGAAGCGGAGGGUUCGUCUUUGGCUGCCGCGUUAGAGGAGGAGAAGCAGCGGCGCAUGCGGCUGGUGUCGCCCUCGUUUGCUUAUAUCCUAAACGGAGUAGAUGAUGACGAGGAUGAGGAUGAGGCAGAGCACAUGGAGCGGCCGGUGGGGGACCAGCAGAUGCAGCAGCAAGGGCAGCAGCAUGGGCAACUGCAGCAGCAGCAGCAGCAGCAGCAGCAGCAGCAGCAGGGGCAGCAGGGGCAGACAGCUGUGGAGUCAGAGGAGCAGCGGAGGCUGCUGCUCAUCUCUCCGUCUUUCGCUCUCAUCUUGAAGGACAUCGACUCUGACGAGGAUGAUGACCAUGCUGAUGACCAUGCUCAUGCUGAUGCUGAUGCUCAUGCUCAUGCUCAUGCUCAUGCUCAUGCUCAUGCUCAUGCUGCUGGCAGAGACGGUAGGGAUGGUAGAAAUGGUUGGGACGAUGGGAAUACUGAUUGCAGCGGUGGCAGUGGUGGCCGUGGCAGCAACACUGGCAGUGGUGGCCGUGGCAGCGAUACUGGCAGUGGUGGUGGGCCAUCACUCAAGCCCUCCGCACACCACUCUAUGCGUUCCAGCUGCUCCCUGCCCUCCCCAGGUACCCCCUCCCCCAGAAGCACCUCCCCGGAUGCACUCUUCCCCGCCCCUGGCUCUGCCUGGCACGGCCGAAGCUAUUCUGUUUCUGCUGACCUGUCCCCGCGCCUGUGGGGGGGAGCGAAGGGGGGGAGGGGAGCGCGGGGGGGGAGGGGAGGGAGGGGAAGAGGGCAGGAUGGAAUCGGGGGUGUGGGAGUGGAGAUGGAAGGAGGCUGGGAAAGAGGGAGGGGAGGAAGCAGCGAGGAGAUUUUUGUCCCUCGCAGGCUUCCGAGAAGCAGGGAGCCGUCGCCGUCCAAUGAGGGGUUGCCACGUAGCAUGAGUGCAACAGUGGGGGGGAGCAGAAGCAGGGAGCCCUCGCCAGGAGACACAGGCACCAGCUCAAAUACUGGCUCUGGUAUGGGCACAUUCAAGGGAUUUACCGGGGAUGGACGCAUAUCAAAAACGGAUACAGGAGGGUACGGAAACACAGCUGCCUAUAGGGGGGAUGGGGAUGGGCCAGCAGCGUUGUUUGGCAUUCCUAGAAGCGCGAGCAGCAUGGAGGGGCGCAGCAAACCUAUGUUGAAAGAGACACCCCUGCAGCAGCAGCAGCAGCAGCAGCAGCAGCAGCAGCAGCAGCAGCACCCAGGCCCCAGGGCAGCGGGCUCUGUGGAUUUCCCCCCUCCUCUAACGCGUGCUGCUACUCUGGGCAGCACCGGCAUUGGGGAUACGAGCAGGGCUGGUGCACCGGGUGCAUCCACAGGCGCUGCUCUGGUGAGCCACCGCGUGCGGCUGCAGGGAUCGUCCCGAGACGGGUUAGAGGUCAGCCCCCAUAUUGCUCCCGAAAACGCACCACUGGUGAGUCCCCACGGGGGCCAGCCCCCUCUGGUGAGCCCUCGUGGGGGCCAGGGCUCCCUUGUCAGCCCCCACGGGGGCCAGCCCCCUCUAGUCAGUCCCCACGGGGGCCAGCCCCCUCUAGUCAGCCCCCGCGGAGGGCAGCCCCCUCUGGUGAGCCCCCACGGGGCGCAGCCGUUGGCUCGUGUGCCUGAGAGCAGCAGUGUGGAGGAGGGCAACGGGCCGUUUGGCUUGGAGGCUAGGGCCCAGGGCGGGGCACGGCAGCAGCAAGGGCAGAUGAUGCAGGGAGGCCUGAUGCAGGGGGGGAAGAUGCUGGGGGUGCAACGACGGCAGGUGAAGGAUGGGCCGCCGUUUCGGUCGAUGCACAAGAGCAUGAGCGAGGGGGGUGAGAACCCCUUGUUUGUGCCACGAGGUAAUCUGGGACUGGUUGCUGCUGGUGCUGACUGGGACCAGGAUGAUGUGGAACGUGCUGACGUGGCAGGGUCGCCGGGCGGGCGGAGGUUGCAGCGGAGGUAUUCGGAGGAGUUGGAGUCGAGGCAGCGGCAGCGACAGGAGUGGCAGCAGCAGCAGCAGCAGCAGCAGCGGGUGAUCAAAAGGACAGGCAGUGGGGAAGGGGUUGCUAGGAGGAUAAAUCCAAGAAGCAGCAGCAUUGAAAAUGCAGGGGCCGGCCGGGGAGGGGGAGGGGGAGGGGGAGGGGGAGGGGGAGGGGGAGUGAGUCAAACAGGGGGGGUUGUUGUGGCUGGUGGGGGGAGGAGACUGGCACGGCACCAAUCAGCAGAGGUCGAGUCGCUCCAUCGACCAGUCAGGCGCGGCCAUGUGGCAUCGGUUGACUACUCCCCCCCUCAUAGUCACGUUCCCAGAAUGACAUACUCUCACUCCGUUGACUAUUCCCCCCCUCACUCACACCAGCACUUGUACCUUAUAUCAAAUUCUGAGACUGCUACAGGAGAAGCAGACCUCGCCCCUCAUUUCAAUCACCAUCCUUUUAGGUCACACACACACUCUGUAGACUACUCCCCUCCCCACCCUCACCAAUCCUCCGCAGCAGCUCUGGUCAGCCCCCGAACCAACCUUGCGCCGGGCCAAAGCUCUAGCUCGGGCGAAGGACGAAUUCAAAGGAGUGCCUGCAGCAGCAUUGGUGGUGGCAGUGUCAGUGGCAGUGGCAGUGGCAACAGCAGCAUGAAACCGAGAUUCAGAAGCAGCAGUAUCAGCGAUAUUUCUUGUGCUACACACACCCCUAAUGCUGCUGCUGCUGUUCCUUCUGGCCCGCCCCCAAGGCCCCCCCUCCUCUCCCCCACAGUCUCCCCCAAAGCCUCCCCCUCCUCCUCCCCAAUCGCCUCCGCCCACAAUUCCCCCUCCCCCACUCCUUCCCCCUCCCCCUCCCCCAAGCCGCGAGGGGAAGCUCCUUCUGGACGGGGCGAGGGGCACGGGAGGGGCGGCAGAGCACAGCCAGGAAGUUUCACGGAAGGUUCCUCUCAGACGCAGGCAAACAGCAAGCAACCACGGAGGGUCAGCUCGUCUUCUUCUGCCUCCGCUGUUGGGCAUGCUCCAGGUCCCGCUCCAGGUGCUUCAGGUGCUGCUUCAGGUGCUUCAGGUGCUUCAGGUGGGUCAAGGGCACCAGUUCGCUCCUCCUCCACUUCUUCCACUGCCGUUGUCCUCUCUUCUUCUGCUCCUUCUGCUUCUGCUGCUGCUGCUCCUGCUGCUGCUGCUGCUGCUGCCCAAGCCCACCAAAGCAAAUCCAGAACACCAACUCGGACCUCCUCUUCUGCAUCCACUGGAUCUGCUUAUAACGAGGAUAAAGGCAGGCCCAAGACUCCCACUCGAAUGUCCUCUUCUGCUUCUGUUGGGUCUGCUUAUGGUGGAGAUAAAAGGCCAAUGGGUGAAAGCAGGCCAAAGACUCCCACACGAAUGCCCUCCUCUGCAUCUACUGGUUCUGCUUAUAGUGAGGAUAUGCAGGCACCAGGCAAAACCAGACCCAAAACUCCCACUCGCAUGCCCUCCUCGGCUUCUGUAGGGUCUGCUUAUAACGAAGAUAAGUACCCGACAGCUGAAAGCAGGCCCAAGACUCCCACCCGAAUGCCCUCCUCGGCCUCCACUGCAUCUGCUAAUAACCGAUCUGCUUAUAACGAAGCAUCCCUAGCAGUAUCACCAGCACAAGGCCGCUCCAAAACGCCCACUCGCUCCUCCUCUGCUGCUUCAGCAUCUUCCUCCGGUUCAUCCUCGUUACAAGACGACUCGCUUGAAGACGACGCCGCUCUAGAGGAAGUGCGCCAGUCGUUUUUCCGCGCCAAGGGGAAGCGAUUCCUGGAAAAGGCAAUGAGGGGGAUAAAUAAGCUCGUGGGAGGGGGAGGGGGAGGGGGGAUGGGGGCGGUGAAUAUUCUGGGGGGGGAGUAUAAGGAUGUGGGGGCGAAGUACGUGGUACAGAUGGAUAAGGAGCUGGGGGCGGGGCAAUUUGGCGUGACACGAGUGGCGGUGUGCAGAGCGACGGGGGAGAGAUUUGCGUGCAAGACUAUCAACAAGGCUGCUUUGAAGACCAAAUCGGAUGCGGACGAUGUGAGGCGUGAGGUGACAAUAAUGGAGAUGCUUAAAUCGCAUCCCAAGGUGGUUCAGCUCAAGGAGGUCAUGGAGAACGAGCAGGCCAUUCACCUGGUGAUGGAGCUGUGCUCCGGGGGCGAGCUGUUUGACCGCAUAAAGGAGCGGCGGCGGUACGGUGAGAGGGAGGCGGCGAGAGUGAUGCACGCGCUGCUGGACGUGCUGCAGUGCUGCCACCACCGCCACCACGUGCUGCACCGCGACGUCAAGCCCGAAAACAUCCUCCUCGUGUCGCCCAACUCACACACUGACAUCCGGGUGAUCGAUUUCGGCAUCUCUGCCAUCUUCAAGCCAGGCUCCAAGCCCCUGUCAGACUUCGUUGGAUCGCUCUACUACGUCGCUCCAGAGGUGAUCGACGGCUCCUACGGCUUCCCAGCUGACGUGUGGUCGGCGGGCGUUGUCCUAUAUGUGCUGCUGGCUGGCGUGCCGCCCUUCUGGGCAAAGGCGGAAGCCGAAGUGACCAAGGCGAUCCGCGAGGGGAAGGUGGCAUUCCGGGGUGCGGUGUGGAGGAAUGUGUCAGAGGCGGGAAAGGAUCUGAUUCGCCAGCUGCUGACGCACAACCAGAAGAAGAGAAUAACUGCGCGUGCUGCUCUUGAGCAUCCCUGGUUUCGCAAAUGGGACUCCUAAAUAAACGGAAUAUCUACCAUGAUUGCUGUAGCAUAUAGCUCUUCAGUAGUGAAUGCUUAUCUUUUCACCUUCAGCCUUGAUGCAGUGGAACAAACAGGUUUUUGCCGAUGGCAUGCAAAUGAAGUGUUUGUUUUAGAAGAAUGUUCAGCUACUCACUACCUUAGGUGCUUGCGGCGGUACACUACCUCACCUAUGUCACCGUCUAGUCGAAAUCAUCUGUAAAAAAUGCGUGAUUCCGGC